AUGUGGAGGUUGGGUUGGUUCCCAACCAUGAUUAGAGCCGUAGCUAAGAUAGUUGCUAAGGUAGAUAGGGUAUGCGUUACAUCAUCCCUGCUCUCCCCCCGUCUUCCCCUCUCUUUUCCCAUCUUCCCCUCUCUCUUCCCAUCUUCCCCUCUCUCUUCCCAUCUUCCCCUCUCUCCCCCCAUAAUCCUUUCUCUCCCCAUUUUCCCCUCUCUUCCCCCAUCUUCCCCUCUCCCCCCAUCUUCCGCUCUCUCCCCAUCUUACCCUCUCACCCCCAUCUUCCCCUCUCUCCCCAUCUUACCCUCUCUCCCCCCAUCUUCCCCUCUCUCCCCAGCUUACCCUCUCUCUCCCCAGCUUACCCUCUCUCUCCCCAUCUUCCCCUCUCUCCCCCCAUCUUCCUUUCUCUCCCCAUCUUCCCCUCUCUCCACCCAUCUUCCCCUCUCACCCCCAUCUUCCCCUCUCUCCCCCCCACCGCCCCUCCCCACCCCAGCUCCCCUUCACAUCCCUGCCGCGCUCUCUUGUUCUCCCCUUUUGCACCUACCCUCAUCUCCGCUCCACUCACCCCUCGUUCCCCCUCUUCCCUUCCACCCCUCUUCCCCUUUUCUGACUCGACCCUCAUCUCCCAUCACGCAUACCUCAUCUUUCCCCUGCUCACGCCUCCUCUCCCUCCCCAUCCACCCCUCAUCUCCCUCCCCAUCCACCCCUCAUCUCCCUCCCCAUCCACCCCUCAUCUCCCUCCCCUCCCCUAUCACCGCCUCCCCCAUCGCCCCUCAUCUUCCUCACCCCCUUCCCCUUCCGCACAAUCUAUCCACGUUCCAUCCUCCUUGGCCCUCCCCUCAACUUUCCCCCACUCAUCCUCGUCUGUCCCCAUCCAUUCACUCCUCGUUCCCCUCCACCUGUGUGACUGGUCUGGUAGGUGACUGCAUGUGA